UCGUCUUCAAACGCUCGGAUGAUGGACUUCACUUCGCGGACUCACUGACGGACUCUUCGCGGAUUUAACUCGUGUUACGUUCCUGUUUGGUCGACAGUUUUGUCUUUUUCUUCCAGCGACUGUGAAGACUUGAGCGGUGACCGAGUCUUUUCUUCUUCUUUUUUCUUUUUUUUUAUUGCGCCGCAGCUCGUGGAUAGUCUUUUUUUUGUUGCCUGCCCCGUGUUCUUCGUUUUUUUUUUUCAGGUUUCAACACCUUUCCAUCGGCGAGGUAUGAGACUGAGUGAAUGAAUCACCUCUAAGUCAAAUGCAGGUAUUAAUACGGAGCCUCCAGGGUGGUUCGGAAGGUUAAUGAAUCUGCAACCUUAAGCAAUAUGGCACCAGAUUCACCCUUCAUAGAUACACGGGGCAGCAGACCUUCUCCUAGAUGAGCAGAUGGGUCCCGUGGCACUGACCGUAGCGGGUCGCCUGUACGAAUCAAAAUGACUUUCAGUGAAUGGCCACUGGUGCUGAUCUAUCGGAGAGCACUAUGAGUAGAUGACAACAAGCAGUCUUUAAUCCAGAAAAGACUCCUCUUCUCUGUGUAAAGAGCCUGCUAACCGUGUGUGAGGACCACUGGGAGUACAAGCAUCGAGUCAAGGACACGUUCACUCCCCUCAGCCUGCAGGAAGAUGGGAGUGAGAAAAUAAAGAUCUGCACAGUCAAGGGAGGCUUAAUGAAUUCCAAGGAAUUUUAAAACAAACUGUGUGCAUUUGCGUACGUCUGUGUGAGCGGAUCAGGCAACCAUGUGGACAUUAGCUGCGACUGUCCACUGUCUUCUGGCUGCUGCGCUGCUAUUGGCUAUCUGCCUCCAAUCACUGACGGCGACUGAGGAUGAUGUCACACCACGCAUCAGCUUCUCUUACAAUGCAAAGGAGAGGUCGGCCAAGAGAUUCUCAGUGGACGGUGUCUUCAAUUACACCUCCUUGCUGCUCAGCCAGGAGGACGACAUGCUGUACGUGGGAGCCAGGGAGGCGCUGUUUGCCCUCAGCCUCUCGGACAUCAGCAAGACCAAGCUCCAGAAGAACCUGACGUGGGGCACUCCUGCUGGAAAAAGAGAGGAAUGCAGCUUCAAAGGGAAGAACCUGGAGACUGAUUGCUUCAAUUACAUCAAAAUCCUCCUGCGGCUGAAUAGCACUCAUCUCUAUGUGUGUGGCACCUAUGCGUUCAGUCCCAUUUGCGCCUACAUAAACACGUCAACAUUCAAACUGGAGAGAGAUGAAGUGGGCGAGGUCGUGAUGGAAGAUGGGCGCAGCCGCUGCCCCUUUAAUCCAGAGUAUAAAUCCACUGCCAUCAUUGUUGAUGGUGAAUUGUACACUGGUACGGUCAGCAACUUCCAAGGGAAUGAGCCCGUCAUUUACAAGAGUUUGGUUCAGGGAACCGCUCUGAAGACAGAAAACUCUUUAAAAUGGCUGCAAGAUCCGGUCUUUGUCGGGUCAGCUUACAUCGAGGAAAGUCAGCCAGUAGGAAACCCUGUGGGAGACGACGACAAGAUUUACUUCUUCUUUAGCGAGGCGGGGAAAGAAUUUGACUUCUUUGACAACACCAUUGUGUCGAGGAUUGCUCGCGUGUGUAAGGGGGAUAAAGGCGGCGAACGGGUGCUGCAGAAAAAGUGGACGACCUUCCUAAAGGCCCAGCUCCUGUGUUCCCUCCCCGAUGACGGCUUCCCCUUCAACAUCAUCCAGGACAUGUUUGUCCUGAAGCCCAUGGGGGACAGCUGGGAGAGCACCGUCUUCUACGGCGUCUUCACCUCCCAGUGGUACAAAGGAGCGUCGGGCAGCUCGGCCGUGUGCGCUUUCACCAUGGCACAGGUGGAGAGAGCCUUCAGCGGGCGCUACCGAGAGGUCAACCGGGAGACUCAGCAGUGGUACACAUACAACCACCCUGUGCCAGAACCACGGCCGGGAGCGUGUGUGACCAACCACGCCAGGCAAAUGGGUAUCCAGUCGUCCUUGCACAUGCCUGAUAAAGUGCUCAACUUUGUCAAGGACCACUUCCUGAUGGACAGCGUAAUCCGCAGCGCUCCCCUGCUGUUGAAACGCAGCGUGCGCUACACACAGAUCACCGUGCACAAGAUCCAAGGCAUGGAGAGGGCCUACGACGUGCUCUUCAUCGGGACAGACGAUGGAAAGCUCCAUAAAGCCAUCAAUGUCAACGAUAAGAUGCACAUCAUAGAGGAGAUGAUUCUGUUUCCUGAGCCUCAGCCAGUGCAACACAUCGAGCUUGAUCCUCAGAGGGGUCUGUUGUUUGUGUCGUCCAACUCUGGGCUGGUGGAGGUUCCUGUGGCCAACUGCUCCAACUACCUGAGCUGUGGAGAGUGCGUGUUGUCCAGAGACCCGUACUGCGCCUGGACCGGACGUCUGUGUCGGGACGUCAGGAUGGCUCCACCUGACAGUCACUGGCAGCAGGAUGUGGAGGAGGCCGAUACGUCAGCGAUUUGUAACAGGACGUUUCCCAGCACCAGAUCUGCCAGACCUGCAGCUUCUCGUGGCUCCCAAUGCAAGCUCAUUAUAAUCCCAGCCAACACGUUCAGAGUCCUGCCUUGUAAACUGCGCUCCAACUUGGCCCAGAGAAGGUGGCGUUACAGUGACGACGCCAGCCAGUUCCUCUACGCAACACCCGAGGGAAACCUGGUCGUGGUGGCGCAAGCCGACAGGAUGGAGACCUACGAGUGCUGGUCAGAAGAGGAGGGUUUCCGACAGCUGUUAGCCAACUACUGUGUGAGGGCGGAGCCCCGCCAGGAAAGCACCACCCUGAUUGGUCACUCGCGCACACCACACAUUGAGCCCGAGGAGACCAUCAUCCUGCCGGGCGAGUCUCGUUCUGAGCAGCUCCACACAAAGACGUACUGGAACGAACUGAUUGUGGUGUGCGCCCUGCUGGCGUUCUCCCUGGUGGUAUUCUCCUUGUUCGUCAUCUACAGGAACCGAGAUCACAUGAAGUCCAUGCUGAAGCAGGGCGAGUGCCCCAACAUGCAGCAGAAGAAGCCAAGGAUUGUGGGAAAGCCUGCUGAGAGCCUGCCCCUCAACGGUAACACCAUCCCCAUCUCCACUUCUGAUCACAAGGGCUACCAAACGUUAAAUGACAACUACAUCUGCAGCACGCCCACCCACGAGUCCUCGCCGGACAACAGCAAGAGCUUCUCCGAGUCCUCCGACAGGCGGCUGCUUAACGUGAAGGAGAGCCACGUGGAAUACUCCCCGACCUGCCCUCGGCCCAGAGUGAGGCUCGGCUCGGAGAUCAAAGACUCCAUUGUCUGAGAGCACAGUAUUCUCGAAAAAGAGGCCACCCUGUAUCUCCAUGAAGGAUGCAGGCCACCGAGCAAAGGAGAGGAGACCCUGACAUCCCUCUACGUCACAGCACAUCUUUUAUUUUCGUCAUCUUUUGUUCUGUGAUCAGUGCAGAGGUUAUUUACAUCGCUUAAUCAUUUCCACUCCAUAGCCAGAGGUUGUUCUGGUUUGCUGCAUCGGGCGGGAAGAGGAAGCAGCAUUCCACUUUGGUUUUAACCAGGACCAACAACCAUGGCAGCUGCUCAGAAUAGUUAUUGCAGUCUUUGUUUGAGUCAUCCUCAUGGCCACUAGUGUGUGUGUGUGUGUGUGUGUGUGCGUGUGUGUGUGUGUGUGUGUGUGUGUGUGUGUGUGUGUGUGUGUGUGUGUGUGUGUGUGUGAGCAUAGGGCUGGGCAAUAUGAGGAAGAAAAAAAAAGCUUAAAGAGAAGACUUCUUCCUAUAUCUAUAUUCAUCACAGUAUCUAUUUAGGUAUGCAAGAUCCAAUAUUAAAAUGACUAGUUAAUGCCUAUCACAUGAUAUCAUAUAAACAAUACAUUAUAAAUAUUGAUAAGUUUCCCAGCCCUGUUAGAGCCUGUGUAACCUUUUUAGAUGCUCUGCAGAAGAUGGAUGCUACAGAGGCAACGCUUCAGUUUUGUAUACACACCAGAACCAGGCUACAGCUACAUGGUGACCUAGAGUUCAGGUUUAGGAGAAUAUAAUACAUGCAUUUCAUAGUCAUUAUGACCCACACAUUAUGGAGGCAAGUCAGAAUCACAUUUGUUCCCUUUUGCUGAAUAAAUGUCAUGACUGCAUGAGGAUCAAGCUGAUGAAAGAUGAGACAGAGGAACAAGAAUGAAAAGGAUUGAAAGAAAGAUGAUCAAAAAAUGUGAUCAUAUGUCCAGGGCCUAAAUACUGACAUUUACCUCCUGAAUGUAUAUUGCUGUUCAAAGGUGUCAUUCACACGUCACUGCACCACGGACAAUUUCGGGAAGCCGUCGCUCCACAUCUCUGCUCGUCUGAGACAGCCCUGUACGUCAGUAUUGACCUGCAGGUACCAUGAUAACACCGUUGACCCUGUUUUUGAGGCGAAUAUGGAAAGAUGACCUCAGAUUAUGUCAGUCAAGGUGGACAUUACAAGCACUGAGAGACAAGAAGAAAGAAAGAAAGAAAAAAAGGUGACGUCCACUCCUCCCAUCAUCAGGACAGCCCCGAAAUCCUCCUGUGCACUGUGCCAAAAGACAAAAACGACUCGAUUUGUUCGAUCUAAAUGCAAUAGUGCCAUUCUGUUGUGACCACUCCCAUGCGUUGCAAUAGCAUUGAUCACUGUCCAAGAGCACACGGGCCCCGAGGUGGGUUUCACGAAGGUAAAAUGGCACAAAUAAUAAACAAAUGUGAAGCGCAAGGUUGGACAUUUCUAUUCAGACUGUUAGCUCAUAACAAAGACUGUUUGUGUUGGGCCAAAAGUAAUUGACUUUCAAAGGAUAUGGCAUGGAGGUUACUUUAUGUGAAAACGUAUCUUGUGGUGAGAAAAUAUUCCAGUUCUCCUUCAGCCACUCUUAAAGGAGUCUAAUACCUUCUUAGUAUACACUGAAAGAAACCGGUACAACCAGGUUUGAAACUAUUAAGCGCUAAAAACACAAACUAUUUGGUUAAUUUGAGUGCUAAAAAGUCCCAGAACAACCAAUAACAACUGCCACUGCAGUGGAGAGAUGGUAUGUCAUAUCGUCUUAUUAAGACUGCACGACGUAGUGAUGCAGUUGCACAGAGUGCUGUAUCAGCUCGACAUAACCCUCCCCCACCAGGCGACGUCUCUUACAUGCAUUGAUGCCCACACUCACUCAGAUGUCAUUGCGACGUUAACGUGAAAGCACAAGUAAUCAGGGUUUUGAGCACGUCGGUAAAAAUCCGCUCGUACUCUUAAAGAAAUGCAACUACUGAGAAACGGAAGGUGUGGUUGCUGAGGGAAAUACUUCUUUUUUUUUUUUUGAAAUCUGCUCUUGCAGGGACCAGUGUAGCCAUUAUGAACACACACUUGCACCCACAUUGCUUCAACUUUUGAGACUUAGCAAGCAGAAAUUCCCAAAGAAGUAGGAAGCCGAUGGUGUCGUGUAACUCGGAGUGAGACAUUUACACAGCCAUAGGGACAAUAUGGCACCACGUGUCUUGGAAUACAUCACCAACUCACUGUAUUGAUCAAGUACGCCUACAGUAUACAGUAUAUUCCAGUGUCCUACAGAAUAAAUGCGUAGCUCUUUCCAACACUAAGCAGAGGAUGUAAUGCUAUGUAACCGCUACAAGUUGACACCGUGCACCGCAUACUGCGCAACAGUGAUCAGUGUUUCCUUGUUUUCUUUAUUUUUUGUUGUGUGAGUGCGUGUGCGUGUGCGUGUGUGUGUGUAUAUAUAUACAGUAUCUGUGCUUAAUAUUGUGUGUUUUUUCAAGGGACCUUGUGCAAGAUGUGUUGUAGAGAUAGUCUUGAAACUAGAGAGUGAACACUGCUGAUAUUUAGUUUUCAUAGUGCUUUACUGCCGACUCCAGCAUACAUUUCAAAUUGUGCACAGAGCACGGCACAUGUCUCAUCAUGUUGGCUGGUUUUUAUCAAGCAUGUCCAAGCAGGAGGGGCAUCUUGUUUUUAUUUUCAUGCCAAGCUGAAUUACAGGGGUGGUUUGAUCUUGGAGGAAAUAUGCUUAUUCAUGUUCCAGCGAAGAGUUAAAUGAGAAAAGCGGUGCCACUUAUGACUGCUCGCUUAAUUUGAAGGUACCUGCAGCAGCUGGCAAGAUUCUCUGGAAGACUUCUCCUGUUGCUAGACACAAAUAAGUGUAUUUCCCCAAAAGGCCUACCCAUUGCUUUAAUCUUGUCUGCUGAGACUAACCAAAUAAACAAGAGUAUAAGAUGACCCGAAUAAAUAAGACUCUAAAAGCCUUGGUGCAAUAGCAUUGUUUGCCACCAUUGUUGUUUUCUAGACCAUAACAUGUCUCUGGAGGAGACCCUGCUUCAGAUGCUUGGUGGAUAACCUCACGACGUAUUUUCAAAAUGCCUUUAGGUGUCAAGUUGUUCUGCCUUUAGCCGCAUGCCACAUCGUACACUACCCAACAGUGAUGUGGUAGCAGGCGUGAUUGUAGCCCUGCAUGGGCACACUUCUCUCCACAACACGGGUCAAACAGUAGAUUUACAGAUACACCCAAGCCACCAGUACAGUGAGACUGGGAGCUGAUCAAAAUCCUGUAUCAUUCUGCAGUUUUUGCUUCCGUCAGAAGCGAUACUGUGCACAUGGGAAACCUGUUUCUGAAGAGGUCCAUAUUUAAGAAUGAUAUAUUUGUAGUAAAUUUAGACGUUUCAGUACCAUUUGACCUUCACAGUUAAUAAUGCCAAAAAAGGUA